AUCGAAUUAAAACCAUUUUCAGUUGACAACAACACUUAUCAUUGCUGCUAGUUUUACACCCGUAGUUCAAUGUCCAAUACAAACUAUCAAUUUCCGCCAUCGUCUCCUUUGCUUGACACUGUGAGUGACGACGAAAGAUCAGUCCAUUUUGACCCGUUUUCGUUAAAGAAAGGGAACGCAAGUUGGUCUAGGUCAUCGAGACAAAUCAACUAUCCAACCCCAAAUCCAUCGUCUGCCCUUUUCAGAUCUUCCUCCCCAACAAGAGAGCAACCUGAGGAAAAAGACGAUGAAGAAGAAGAAGAAGAAGAAAACAACCAAACCGCUAGUACUGUUAAACCACACAAGAAGUCCGUAUCUAUAAAUACCAACUUCAAUAUCCUUAAUCCAGAUGCUUCCGUUACUCGUAUACCUUUAUUGUCCGACAAAUCUCAUUUUAACGUUGGCAGAUCUUCGCGUAGUUGUGAUUUUGCCCUUAAUGGUAACGAUUCACGCGUCUCCAGAGUUCAUUUAGCCAUUAGUCAUAAUACUCACGAAAUUAUCUUGACUUGUAAAGGUGCAAAUGGUUUUGGAAUGGUUAUUCCCCAUUCAUGCUAUGUUUAUGCUACUAAUUCUGCCAACAACUUUAUUGUUCUGGAAAAUAAGUCUGGACCUUUAUUAGACAAGGAUUUGGUUCCUGCUAGUAACAGAACAAUUAAAUUAGAUUACAACCAUACUGAAUUCUACAUUAGAAGAAACGAAACUAUAACCAUGCCUAGAUUCAAUAGCGUUAUGUUACAAAUUUCAAACCAAUUAGUAUUAUUAAAUCCAAAUGACAUUGAUGAAGAGUUAACUGACGAGGAAGCCCCAGUUUUGUUAUCAACCCCAUUGAAAUCAGCAGAAAUUACUAUUCCAAACACUCCAUUAAAGCCAAGACCAUCGGUUGAACUUAAUGCCGAAGAUGAAGACACCCCAAGUAAGGAACCAGAACCACAAGCACCAGCAGAACAACAGGUUCAACAACAACCAAAGCUGGUCAAGAUUCAUCAUCCAGUUCCAUCCCGUCCAUCAACACCUUUCAAGAUCUUUGAGGCCAACGAAUCAGUAAAGAUUGCAGAACAAUCAAGCCAAUCCUUAACAAAUACCCCUACUCCAAGAACAUCUACUGAUACCCUAAAAUCAGCUCUUAAGGAUACCACAAACACCGUGAAGAGAAAAGCUAAAUCAGAAGAACCGGAAAGCAAAUUAAAGAAGAAAAAGAAGUCACGUCCAUCGACACCUGCCCCUGAACAGGCACCAAAAGAGUUUACCCCAGUUUUACCUGAAAACAUUGACGAAAUUAACAACAUCUUAAUCAACCAUCUUGCAUUCUCGAGAUUGAAUUCUACCCCUGCAUCAUUCUUAAACAGUUUCAGUGUAAUAACUUCCAAAUUGACACUUUCUCAAAUCCGUCAAAUCCUUCACGAUAUUCCAUGUAUUGGUGUGAUUUACCGUCAGGGUAAAGACGCUGCUGGUAAACCAUUGGAAGAAGAAUAUUAUUACAUCUCGGAAAAUGAUACUGAUGAAGCAAGAAAGCAAAUGGUCGCAAAUGUCAAGGGUCAUGGUGGGUUAAGAGCUUGUAGAAGAACCCACAAACAAUACUACUGGAAGAAACCUGCUCCUAUCAAAAAGUAAGAAUUUUUAUAUAAGUGUGUAUAUUAGAAAAUAGUAAAUUGAUACAAAUGUCAAGUUUU